AAUAGCUGUUAGUUUUUUAUUUAUUUUACCGUAACAAAAAAAACCUGGAUCUGUUUUGUUUAUUACAGCUUGCACAACAUAUUACAAAUAAAGUUUGAUUAUUUUCACGAAAUACCGAUAUGAAGAAAACACACUUAUCUGUGACAGGCUUCACAGGCGGGCAAACCCCUGAAAAACCUGACGUUGAGACCAAUGAAGCUAACCAGUCAGAAACUAACGAAAACGAACCCAACCAUUCCCAAAUACAAUCAGACGUAUUUUUACUCCAAUAUCCUAAGUUAUGCAAUAAAUCUAAAAAUAUAGACGAAGUUGUCGACUUCGAAGAACUGGCCAAUCAACAAGUUGAAGAAACCGCGAAGCAAGAAGAGGAAGGUACUGUUGAUGCACCUGGACAGCUAGUUCGACCGCUACCUGAAAAGCACACAGAAAUAAUAAAAAAAAUAUCGUCAGGAGGAAUUGAAAGGGAAUCUGACGUUGUUUUUCUCGAAUUUCUCAGCGAACACGAGGAAGUGGCAAUUGAAGAUACGAAAAAUGUAUUGAGUCAAUUAAAUAAGUCUUCUAUGAAUAUAAAACAAAAAUCAAGAACUCCGUCUUACGACGAUCAGUCAACGAAAUCGAAUCAACAAUUUAUGGAAGAACAGAUCGAGUCCGAUGAUUUUAUUAAGCAAUCUAUUUCAGCUGACGAUAAUGAAGAGGGUUCAUCAGGAUCACAACCAUCUAAUAAAGAACUUUUAGAUGUAACUAAGGGCUUUUUCAAACUACCUACAGAAUUGAUAGAGGAAGACAGCGAAUCACAAAAAGAUCUACAAAAAUCAGUUAUUGAGUCUCAGUCAGUUAAGAAACAAGAAAAUGAUUUAUCCCAUUUAGACACCGAAUACACUGGUCCAGUAAAAUCGAUAUUUGGACCUGAACCAAUCCGGGACUACCCAAAUUCUUUAGAAGAACUAUUGUCCGUAAAACCAAGAGACUUUGAUGUACCAGAUGAAAUUGUAAAUGUUAAUAAUGAACCGUAUGUUUCAUUAAAUACGUUCGAUAUUCAAGCAAGUGCUUAUGAAAGACAGGUGAAGCCAACUGAAAGUCGAACAGAAACGGUUGCUGAAGUACAAUCGAAUUACGAUAUAGUAGUUGGAACGGAAGAAACUGUUGUCGAGCCCAAAAUUUCAAGUGGAGACAAUAUGCUCCAAGCAAAUGCGACAAAAAUUGAAAAGCCUUGCGUAACAGGUGAACUAAUACGAGAACCAAUACGAGAGAGGUAUAAUGAUUUGAAAAAAUUAAAUGAAAUUUUAAAAGCUGGAUUGGAAAAUGCAGACAAUGAUGAACCAAGAAAAUCUGAUCUCCAGCAAGACAAUCCUGAAGUCAAAGCUCCAGAACCCAACUCCGAGGAGACUGAAGAAACAUUAAGUGUCACACAAGUUGUGAACCCUUCCGGAUUGUUAGAAUAUCAACAAUCAAAUAAAGAGAACAGUGAAGCUGUAAAUAUUAAAAACAGUUGUCAGUUACAGAUAGAAUCUUCUUCGCGACAUUCGGAUCCUGGUGCAACUGAUACUGGCACAAAGAAAGCUUUUAAAGAAGAAAUAAAGUACUUAUCGGGCCACCUCCAGUUCAGAUACUUGGACGCUGUAAGCUCUGCUACUAAUGUCCAGAAAAACUCCGGAGAAGAGACGACAGAUUUACCUGGAGGUGGUAAAUCAGGCGAUGGCACUCUUAACGUUGGCACUAACAUUUCAAAAGUCAGUCAAGUAGGACAAGAAAAAUCAAAAGUGAGUCUUGGUGUUGAACAUACUUCGAUUUCAAAUAGUGUCCUUUAUCAGGAUAGUCAGAUUACAGUAAAAAAACCUAAACACCAAGAAAGUGGUAUUAGUCAGUUGGAUAAUCGUUCAGACAACUUUGAUUAUGAACAUAGAAAUAUUUACGGAACCGUUGUAGAACGUAAAAGACUUGUUGAAACUGGUCCCGUGAUUAGAGAUGGGGAUGAUGCUGCAAUUAACAAUGAAGAAACUUCAAUUGUUACCUCUACCCACCAAAAAGUUAACAUUGGAGAAAAGUCUGAAACUAAUAUUGGCGAUUUUACCGAAAACUCUGCAUCUGUACAUUUAGACCAAUCAGAAAUAAAGAAAUCUGCAACUAGUCAUUCUCAAACCAAGCAAAGUUCCACUUUAGAACUAAAAAUAAAAGAGCAAGCGACUAUGGAACAAAUCAGCAAAAUGAAGGUACGUGUGGAGUUUAAAGAACUACAGAACCCGGAAAAUGAAGAAACUGAAAUUUUAACAAAAAAUGAGCAAGUCAGGGAUAUAAAUAAAAUGGAAGGACAUGUUUCUAAAGACAAGAUCGAUGGGAAAGAUGCUGUGAAAUUACCAAGUAGUCAUGCAGUUAAUAGUCCAAGUAGUCAAUUACUAAGGCCAAUAGGAAACAAUGUUGUCGCAGAACUUUCAGCUGGACAUUUGCAAGAUGUCCACCAGCCUUCCGUUUACAGCAUUUACAUGCAACCUAAUAAUGCCAAUGUAACACAAGCACAAAAUGAAAUAGUGGAGGAAUUCAAACUCGCGCAAUGCCCACAAAGAAUGAGUAAUGAAAACAUACCUUUAAAGUCGAUCAAGAAAUCUUCUGGUGUAAAUAUGACAGAGCAGAGAUUUGACAGUACAUUAAAUGUUCCUCAAACUGCCACAGUGGUGACGUUAGAUAGUGUAGGCACACCUGAAAUAUCAAGAACUAUGAAAAAAGGAGAUAUAUCUAAGUCAGAUCCGAAAGUAGGUUUCGAAACAGAGAAUAGUGCAAUGAACAUUAAGAUUGAAGAAAAAGAAAACUCAUCUGAGAAACAAAUAAAUUUAGAAUCAAAAGUCCAUGUUAAACCGUCCGAAACUAUGAUCACAAUUGCUGGAACCGUAUCAAAACUACCUGAACUUGAGAGUAAACCAGCUCUACCUGACACGAAAAUAUCCGAUUUAGAAUUAGAGAAGAAAGUUUCAAUUACAAAAGCUUCUGAAACAGUAUCGGUUUCAGGACUCGCAAGCACGAAGACUGAUGUUCCUAAAACUAGAAUUGCUUCUGAUGAAAAGAUUGUUACGACUGUAUCAAUUCUUCAGCUGAAACUGGAAACGUCCGAAGUCGAUGUUGAUACAAAAGCUGAGCAACCGCCUAUAAAACUGAAAGUGUCUGAACCAUUUUCUACACUUCUAAAUCAAGACUCAAACUCAAAUGAAAUACCAAAACCAACCCCAAAAGAACAAAGAGGUAGAGUUUUAACAACCCCAGAUAGUGAAAGACGGAUAUCUAAAGAGUUUUUUUCAAGGUCACGAUCAGGAAGCACGACAAAAUCAUCAAAAUCACCAUUGGACCAGAAGGAUACCUUAUCUCAAAGAGAUAGAAAGAAGUCCACGCCAACAGAACACAGGGCUGUUGUACUUAAUGAACGUGAUCGUAUUCGCCGGAGCAAAUUUAAAAAAUUUGCCGACGCUUGUUCCAAAUUCUUCAACGUAAAAAGGUGGUUUAAGAAACACAGAAGUUCUAAAUGAGAAUUUUGAAUGCCCAGUUUGCACGAAAUUUACAUGGACAUGACAAAGUAUGUACGUAAAAAUAUUGGGCUGUCAACAGUCACCAACCGUUUGGCAAGACAUAUUUGAGAUGUCAAUUUACAGCUAGCUAUAUCUAAAAAACUAAAUCUGAUUAAUAUUCCAGCAUCUGAUUUUUUAUAUGACUUGAAGCUUGUUCUGAUGUGGAAUAUUCUACAACGGUAAAUAAAGUUCAGUUUCACAAUCAUCUUUUUAGAAUCCGCUUCUUCUGGAUCCUACAAGAAAUAAAAAAAAAUAUCAACACCUGCAUUCAGAAACGAAUGCUUUUGCAUAUAAUCUUAAAGCUCUCUUCAAUUUACAAACCGUUACGAUUAACCCGGGAAUUUAUAACACUAAACCUGAUAUUAUGGCUCCAUAUUUUAAGCUUGAAGAUAACCGUUCAAAGUGCUAUAGUAAACGUUCAAAGAUUGAAAUUAAAUCUUUAAUAAAGAAAGUAACUGGAAAUGUGUAUUUGUUGGUCGUGUAAGGUAUUCAAAAUAAUUCUAUGAGUAUCGUGUUAUAAAUAAGACUCAGCGUUUGUUUACGGUCAUAUGAC